UGACCGAGAAAGCAAGUGAGAGUAUAGAAAUAUCUAAAAUAAAAGAAAAAUUGUAUAAAAUAGGAGAUGAUAGUGCGUUUGAUGACUUUAUGAGCAGCUUCAAUAGCGUGGAAUCUAUACACAAGUACACACACUCAUUCUUGUCAGGAUUCUCGAAAAGGGAUUUCACUAGCAAUCAACAAGUUAAAUUGAUUACAGACUUCUUAUCUUUCAUUAGAGAGGAAAUGGAAAAGACAGGCCAGUUCGGCGAUUUAGACAGCGCAUUGUUAUCAAUGGACAAGCUCAUUCAUCGUAAAUUAUACCAUAGAAUCUUCAAGCCAAAGAACGAUGACUUAGCAAAAGACCAGGUCUUGGAACAAAGGGUGAGGAUUUUUAGCUGGAUUGAGUUGAAACAGCUUGACUUGGAUUUCGGCCUUGGUGAGACAUUUAAUCUGGCGACAGAACAGCUCCAAUCGAUAAAUAAAUACCACUGCCCACAAGAUAAGACACUCGUAAUUCUCAACACAUCAAUUAUCCUCACAGACAUCCUCAACAAGUCACCAGCAACAACAUCUGCUGAUAGCUUACUUCCACUUUUUAUAUACACUCUCCUUCAAACGAACCCUUCACAUUUAAUUAGCAAUAUAGAAUAUAUCCAGCGUUUCACCAACAACGAGCAGCUCUCCGGUGAGGUUGGCUACUAUUUCUACACUCUGACAGCUGCUGUCUCAUUUAUCAACAACUUAGACCAUAAGGCUCUUUCGAAUAUCGAAAAAGAAGACUUUGAGAGACACGUCGAAGAAGCUAUUUCACAGCUACCCUCAACUCCGCCAGCUUCUCCUGAUAAACCACCAACAACGCCUCAGCUAAAUAUAGCAAAUGAGUCAAAGCAACUCUUCCAGAAGACAACACAGGGUAUUGGUAAGAUAGGCAAACUACUCGGUGAGGUUGUCGAAGAGGGCGUCGAUAAGCUCACUAGCUCAGCAUCUGCCAAUGAUCUCCAUAGUGAUGCCCAUCGGGGAGAGGAAGGAGCAGAAGAAGCGCAUUUCGUACGCUCACGAUCUGAACACUUCGAGCAAAGCCGUCAGCAAUUUAACAGGUCCCUCGAGACACUAAUUCAAGUGUUCCCACAUAUGGAACCCGGGGUUUGUGAGCUCGUCUUGAAAGCUGAACACGGCAACCUCGAAAGAGCGGUAGAUCAAUGUUUAGACAUAUCGAAUUCGAAUUAAUAGGAUAAUAAUAAGAUUAUAAAUUUGUAUUUCUAUGAAAUUGUAUUUUCUAUCC